AUGCACCGUGUAGAGAAAGGAAGGGGAUGGGGGGAAGCAGGGAAGGGGAUGGGGGGAAGCAGGGAGCGGGAUGGGGGGAAGCAGGGAGCGGGAUGGGGGGAAGCAGGGAGCGGGAUGGGGGGAAGCAGGGAAGGGGGUGGGGGGAAGCAGGGAAGGGGAUGGGGAGAAGCAGGGAAGGGGAUGGGGGGAGGCAGGGAAGGGGAUGGGGAGAAGCAGGGAGCGGGAUGGGGGGAAGCAGGGAAGGGGAUGGGGGGAAGCAGGGAAGGGGAUGGGGAGAAGCAGGGGAUGGGGGGAAGCAGGGAAGGGGAUGGGGAGAAGCAGGGAGCGGGAUGGGGGGAAGCAGGGAAGGGGGUGGGGGGAAGCAGGGAGCGGGAUGGGGGGAAGCAGGGAAGGGGAUGGGGAGAAGCAGGGAAGGGGAUGGGGGGAAGCAGGGAGGGGGAUGGGGAGAAGCAGGGAGGGGGAUGGGGGGGAGCAGGGAGCGGGAUGGGGGGAAGCAGGGAAGGGAUGGGGAGAAGCAGGGAAGGGGAUGGGGGGAAGCAGGGAGGGGGAUGGGGGGAAGCAGGGAGGGGGAUGGGGGGAAGCAGGGAAGGGGAUGGGGAGAAGCAGGGAAGGGGAUGGGGGGAAGCAGGGAUGGGGAUGGGGGGAAGCAGGGAAGGGGAUGGGGAGAAGCAGGGAAGGGGAUGGGGGGAAGCAGGGAUGGGGAUGGGGGGAAGCAGGGAAGGGGAUGGGGGGAAGCAGGGAAGGGGAUGGGGGGAAGCAGAUCGACAGGGAGAGGGAGUGAGGGGAGUACCCGCUCUCACCCUCUGUCUCUCACUCUCUUGGACACCCCCCCCCCUGUUCCCCCCCCUCCGUCCUUCCCCUGCUGUCUCUCCACCUCUGCCCUUCACCUUCUGUCUCUCACUCUCUGCCCCUCCCCCUCUAUUCCUCCCCCUCCGUCCUUCCCCUUCUGUCUCUCCCCGUCUGCCCUUCACCCUCUGUCUCUCCACCUGUGUCCUUCCCCCCGUGUCUCUCCCCCUCUGUCCUUAG